AGCCGAGAAUCGCCCGUCAGUCGCUUGUUUCGUAUCGUUAAGGUCGCAUCGCACGUCCUUCGUCCCCGGGUACCAUAUUAACUUUUUUUUUGUUUUUGCUUUUCGGUCUCCGUAGUGCCGCAAGUGUCCAGGAACGUAGCGAGUGUUUUUUAAGUGGGUGUUGUGCAACGAGUCAAUCUGGCGGCCUACCUUGAAGGAGGGCCCGCUUGCACCUCUGUCGGGGCCCUUACGCUGAGGGCCGGCCUGGCCCAUGUGCCCAUCGGGCCCAGUUCCAGCUACAUCCAGCACUCAGCCCACAAUAUAGGUCGGUGCGAGCCAGCCGCCGGUAUGUUGAUAGCCUGCGCAGGCUGCGAGAAGCCAAUCCUGGAUAAAUUCCUGCUGAACGUCCUGGAGAGGACGUGGCAUGCGGACUGCGUCCGCUGCUUCGACUGUCACGCCCCCUUAACAGACAAGUGCUUCUCGAGGGAAGGAAAGCUGUUCUGCAGGAGCGACUUCUUCAGGAGGUACGGUACAAAGUGCGGUGGUUGUGGCCAAGGCAUAUCGCCUAGUGACUUAGUGCGCAAAGCUCGAGACAAAGUGUUCCAUCUCAACUGUUUCACCUGUCUCGUGUGCAGGAAACAGCUCUCGACCGGCGAAGAACUUUACGUGUUAGACGAUAACAAGUUUAUAUGCAAAGACGAUUACUUGAACGGAAACAAGACGGCAGCCAUCAGCGGACACCACCAGGGUGGGUCCAGUUCCGAAUUAACGAUAUGUAAGGGCAUCGCUCCGGUCACUAGCGUCUCGCCGACGUUCAAUUUCAAGUCAAACUCGUUGAUGGGCUCGGCUUCCGAAGACGAAGAGGACGACGACAACAGCACGGCGUCGUCGGUGCUCAAACACCACUCGCUGCACGGUUCCUUACCCCCCGCCCCCGGAGAGACCAACAACAACUCGUUACCCCACUCGGACAUCAGCAGUUCGAUAGGGCAGGACUCGAAAACCGGCCAGGACGACUCCGAAGACCAAAACUCCCUCGACGGCGACGCCGAGAUGCGCGACUCCCAGACCGAGAACAAGAGCCCCGACGACAGCAGCGCGGGCUCGAAGCGCCGGGGGCCCCGGACGACGAUCAAAGCCAAGCAGCUCGAGAUCCUGAAGACGGCCUUCUCGCAGACGCCGAAGCCCACGCGGCACAUCCGGGAGCAGCUCGCGAAGGAGACCGGCCUGCCCAUGCGGGUGAUCCAGGUGUGGUUCCAGAACAAGCGGUCCAAAGAGCGCCGCCUCAAGCAGCUCACGUCCAUGGGCCGCGGCCCGUUCUUCGGGGGUUCCCGGAAGAUGCGCGGGUUCCCCAUGAACCUGUCGCCCGGGGGGCUCGAGGACGGCCCGCCCGGUUUCCCUUAUUUCGCCACCGCCGACGGCAAGUUCGAGUUCAGCUACGGCGGGCCGCCCUUCCACCCGCACGACGGGCCCUUUUUUCCCGGCCACCACCCCGGCGGCGGCCCCGGCGGCCAGGGCAUGCCCUUCAACCAAGGAGGUGGACCCAUGGACCACGGGCCCAUGAACAUGGGCGGCGAGUUCGCCGGCAUGCCCGGCGAGCAGGGCCAGUUCAUGCCGCAGCAGCCCGCCCCCGAGCAGAUGAUGCAGGGCGGCGGCGGGCGGGGCGGCAGCCCCGAGUUCAUGUCGCCGGGAUCGUUCUCCGACAACCCGCAGCAGCUCAACGAGGGGCUCGUUUGGUAGCUGGCGAAGGCUCUAGCCAAGAGGGCUAGAGAGUAACUGUACAUAGAGCCCGGUGAUUUCGGUGGUACCGAACUGUUUCUUUUCGACGCCCAUGAUGUGCAAUUUAACCACGUGUAUGUUUCUUAUUAUUAACGUUAUUUGUUCAUGGUCCUAUGAUGGUUGUACAUACUUCUUUGCUUUUGCUAGGAUUGACGAGAACACCUUGUACAUACUGUUUUUGGUUAUGUAUGACGGUACCACGACACACUUGAUUUGCGUGAAAGCAAAGAACACUUCUGAAAGUGCCAAGCGGGCGCAGGCUGGGGGGCGCCCGGGUACAGGGCCGCACCCGAGACUGCGCGUUACUCGAUUGUUUUAUUUAUACACACACCACAUUGUACUAUUUAUGAAUGUAUAAAAGGUUUCCUAGCUUUUAAAGUGCUUGUAUAUAAAUCGAAGGACGGUUGAUAUGUUAUUAUGUUUUCAUUAGGCCUAGCUGUCGUACAAAAUAUUUGUACAGGGACUUGACACGCUGUAUAAAAGCCAUCCGAUUAUAUAAUUAGUGUAUAUUGUUAAUUUUAGGUGUACUAUCCAAUAAAACAAAUUCUAUAAG